AGUUGUUAAAAGUUUGAUCAAAACACAAAACCAGACGUUACAGGAAGAACGUCAAUAUAACCUUACUUUAUUUUAAAGAAUUCGAUUGCUUCCUUGCUUGACACUGACACUUUUGACAAUUUAAAUAAUUUAAAAUGAGAAAACAAGUUUUAAUUUGAUAUAAUACUUUAAGGAAGACAAAAUGCAUUUAUUUCAUUUAAUGAUUGAAAUAUAUUUGAUUACGUAAUUAGGGAAUUUCUAAUUCAAGGAAAAAGUUAGUUGAAAAGUUUAGUGUAAGCUAGAGAGGAGUAUCUUGUCUAGUUAUGGAAGAAUCAAAUUUGGGUUCUGUUGAUAAAAGUUUUGUGUAUAAACUACCUAGAAAACUUGUAAGAAUAGAAUACCCUGGACUUGUAAAAAAUGUAUCGAAUGCUAUUGAGACUUUAGGAGGAAUAUACAGCAUAGAAACGGCUAUAGAGGAUGAGAGAAAAAAACUGGAAUUGCGAUUUCACCCAGACAACAAAUUUAACAAACCCUGUACAUCGGAUCGAUAUGACAACCCUAGUUUACUAAUAAAAGUUAAAGAAAAGGAUGGACAGUAUGAAUAUGACAUUAUUGGAUAUACUGCCACAAAUUUUAAAUUUAACAGGACUGUAGAUUUUCAGUACUUACCUAUUUUACAAGAUGAUAAAACAGAAUCUACUGAAUUCGUGUACUAUGACAUUAUGCCAAAGAAAUUGCCAGACUUGGAAUACUUCACAUAUCCUAUUAGUUAUAUUCUACAUAAUACAUUAAAACUUUGCAGAUCCAAAGAAGCCGCCAACCAGUCGCUAUUUCUACUACCACACAAUUUUUGUCGAUAUGAUAUAACACAUCACACCCUCUAUUUGAAAGCAGACGAGAAAUUCAACUUGGAUGUACCCAGUGCCAAUACGAAUACUAUGUUUAAAAUGUUUGAAACAAGGAAAAGGGAGAAUUCGUCAUAUAAGCAACUGUCAUAUAUACUUAAUUUCACAGAUCCAAAUCUGGAGAUACCCCAAGAACCUAAGGAACCAAUAUUUAAGAUUAUCCAGGAGAAGUGCUUAGAAGAGAUUUGUGAAAAGAUAAAGAAGAUUUUCGAAGAGAGACCGAUGUGGACCAAAGCUGCAAUUCAACACAAGAGUGGGUUUACUAACGAGAUGUCUAAGAUAUUACUGCCGGCAAACGCUUACUUCUGGUGCACUGGUCCCUGGAGAAUGAUAUGGACUAGGUUUGGUUACGAUCCCAGAGCUGACUUAAGCAGUAGAAUUUACCAAAUUUUAGAUUUUCGAAUCAGAGAAAGCGAAGGAACAAAAAUAAUGGUCAGAGCUAAACGCGCUGCUUAUAGGAAAGACAUUUUACAAACCAAGAUGGACGAAAGUCAUUAUAUCUUGACACCAGACGUAAUUCCACCCGCUAGGCAAAUGUUUUACCAGUUUUGUGAUGUACUUAUACCCGAAAUUCAGGAGAUGAUGCAGAGACUACCGAAAGCCCAGGCAAAAUUGGAUGUAAAGAAUGGUUGGUUACCUGUCAAUUUUUUAGAUCAGUGUCGAGAAAUAGCAAACAAAUAUGUGAUGAAGAACGUACACCAGGAGUUGGUUGCUUAUAGUUUAAAAAACGAACAACGACAACAAGAAAAAGGAGAAUCCGACGAAGACGAUGAAGAGAAUCCUUUGGCUUAUUCUAGUAGGAUGUUAAAUCAAAUGAAGAUGGGGUUCAAGAGGAGUUUAGGUGGAGCUCAGGUCGGGGAAAAUCUUGGAACUGUCGUUUUGUCCUCGGACGAUGACAGCGAUGCAGAAAUGGAACCAACUGAGCUGCCUGCUCAAUUGUCAGAUGAGGAACAACUCAGUGAUAACUCCGAGAUGGAACUGGAUAUGGAAGCGUUGGAAGAAAUCAAUCAAAUGAUAUCCCAAACGAAAAAAGAAGAAAAAAAAAAUAAAUAAUUAGAGUAAAUAAAAUGUUUUAUUGUGUUGUAUUGAGUGAACGAAAUGGAAUGAUUGAGAAUGUUACUUUUAUUAUUUAUUCAGUAUGUUUGGGGCGAGAGGUGACAGCUCAGAAAA